CGGCUGGACAAACUCCGCAACAUCGGAAUCUCCGCUCACAUCGACUCUGGCAAAACAACCUUAACAGAGCGCAUCCUCUUCUAUACUGGACGAAUCAACGAAAUCCACGAAGUCCGCGGCAAGGACAAUGUAGGCGCCACGAUGGACUCCAUGGAACUGGAGCGCGAGAAGGGUAUCACGAUCCAGUCCGCGGCGACGUACACCAAAUGGGGCGACCACGCUAUCAACAUCAUCGACACUCCCGGGCACGUCGACUUCACCAUUGAGGUCGAGAGGGCGCUGCGUGUGUUGGAUAGUGCGGUGCUCGUGCUGUGCGCUGUGGGAGGCGUGCAGAGUCAGACGAUGACGGUCGAUCGGCAGAUGAAGCGGUAUAACAUCCCGCGUAUCUGCUUCAUCAACAAAAUGGACCGGGCGGGUGCGAACCCAUGGCGUGUCAUUGACCAAUUGAGGACGAAGCUGAGGCUGAACGCCGCAGCCGUGCAGAUCCCUAAUGGCGCGGAGACUGGAUUGAAGGGCGUGAUUGAUCUUGUGCAGUUGAAAGCGUACUACAACGACGGGGAGAAGGGCGAAACUAUCCGCGUCGAGGACGUUCCCGCUGAUCUCGUCGACCGUGCCACGGAGAAGCGAGCCGAGCUCGUCGAGUGCCUGGCGGACGCUGACGAUGAGAUUGCAGAGAUCUUCUUAAACGAGGAGAACCCUACAUCCCAGCAACUCCACGACGCGCUCCGCAGGGCCACCAUUGCACGCAAAUUCUGUCCGGUUUUCAUGGGCUCCGCAUACCACAACAAGGGCGUGCAGCCCAUGCUCGACGGUGUGAUCGCCUUCCUACCUCGGCCCAACGAAGUCGACAACGUCGCCCUCGACGCUGCCAACGACGAAGCCAAAGUUACCCUCUCCUCCUCCUCCUCCGCCAAACUCAUCGGCCUCGCCUUCAAACUCGAGGAAGGCCGCUUCGGUCAACUAACCUACCUCCGCAUCUACCAAGGCACGCUCCGCAAAGGCGACUGGAUCACCAACUCCCGCACGAACAAAAAAGUCAAAGUCUCCCGCCUCGUCCGCAUGCACUCCAAUGAAAUGGAAGACGUUUCCGCCGUCCAAUCCGGCGAAAUCUGCGCCCUCUUCGGAAUCGACUGCGCCUCAGGCGACACUUUCACCGACGGAACCCAGGCUUACUCUAUGACCUCCAUCUACGUACCCCAACCCGUCAUCUCCCUCUCCCUCGAACCCAAGGGGAAAGAGUCCACCAACUUCUCGAAAGCUCUUUCAAGGUUCCAGCGCGAGGACCCGACCUUUCGCGUACAUGUCGACGCCGAGAGCAAGCAGACCAUCAUCUCGGGCAUGGGCGAGCUCCACCUGGAGAUCUACGUCGAACGCAUGAAACGCGAAUACAACGUCGACUGCACGACCGGUAAACCCCAAGUCGCAUUCCGAGAAACCAUCAACGCCAAGAUCCCCUUCAACUACACGCACAAGAAACAGUCCGGCGGGUCGGGCCAGUUCGGGAAAGUCGUCGGGUACAUCGAACCGCUCGAUGAGCCACUGGAAGACGGCAAAACAGUCGAAUUCGUCAACAGCACCGUCGGCAUGAACAUCCCCACCCAGUACAUCCCCGCCAUCCAAAAAGGGUUCCUCGAGGCCUGCGAAAAGGGCCUCCUGAUCGGCCACCCGAUCACAAACGUCCGCUUUGUCCUCGAAGACGGGAUGUCGCACGCCGUCGACUCCUCCGAAAUGGCGUUCAAAGUCGCGGCCGCGGGAGCGUUCCGUGAAGCCUUCCAUAAAGCCGGCCCCGCGAUCUUGGAACCGGUCAUGGACGUGAGUUUGACUGCGCCGGCGGAGUUUCAAGGAGCUGCGAUUGGGCUGUUGAAUAAACGCAAAGGCACGAUUGGGGAUUCGGAGAUUGUCGAGGAUUAUGUGGAGGUCAAGGCUGAGGUGCCGUUGAAUGAGAUGUUUGGGUUUUCGACGGACUUGAGGAGUUGCACGCAGGGUAAAGGAGAAUUCGCAAUGGAAUACAAGCAACACAGCCCCGUCAUGCCCUUCGUGCAGAACCAGCUGGUCGAGGAGUACAGGAAGAAACAGCUCGAGCAGCGCAAGUAG